AAUCUGAAGCCGUUGAACAGCAUAGCCGUCAAAAUGGGAGAACGGUUCCACGUGGCGGACAUUGAUUGGGUGAAGCAGGUAAAGUUAAAGGAUCACAUGGCACUCUGUCUCUAAGUUGAACAGGUUCACAUGCACUUGGAUAACAUCGAAGGGCCCCAGGUUUCCACUGCCACGUAAGCAAAAAAGUUCACGCUCUAAACGAACACGUCAGCCCAAAAAGGUUACCAUCCCAAGCACAUACACAGAUAAAGAAAGAAGAUAAAAGCAAAAGAAGAAGAGAAAGAGAAGCUAAGUAAUUAAUUUCUACUGAUUUUUUCUUUCACUUUCUCUGACAGGGGUUUGAUUCUUUCCUCGGGAAACAAACGCUAAAUGGAGAAAAUUUGUGAAUUCUGCACAGCGUUCAGGCCAGUUGUUUAUUGCAAGGCUGAUGCGGCGCAUCUCUGUCUUUCCUGUGAUGCAAAGGUUCAUUCAGCUAAUACACUGUCCAAGCGGCAUCUCAGAACUCUCCUUUGUGACUCAUGCAGAAACCCACUGGCUUAUAUUCGUUGUUUGGAUCAUCGAAUGUUUAUGUGUCAUGGAUGUGAUCAGAGUCUUCAUGAUGUCACUUCCAAACAUCAGAGAAGGGCUAUCAGCAGUUACAUGGGAUGCCCUUCUGCUAAAGAUUUUGUGGCACUGUGGGGUCUUGAGUUAAGUGAGUUGGAAGAUACUGGUUUUCCAAAUCAGUUUGCUUCCACUUCAUGUGGUCCUUCAUAUCCAAGUGCAGAUAAAUUGGAUAUUUCAGGACCGUCUUCACUGCAAAUUACAGAUUCUUCAGUUGCAUCUAGAGAGAGUUCCGUGACUUCAGUCUCGGGCGAGGUGCCUGAAACAGGAUCAAGCAGUCAAAGAAGUCGGAUACUUUGUGAAGGUAAACAGCAGCAAAACACUUCUGAUAUUCUGAAACAGAUUAUUGACUUGAAAAGACUUUGUUUAACCAAGGGAAAUAGCCGUUUGCCUAUGAUAUGUCACCAAGAAGAAAGUGAAACGUCUUCAAUACAUUACCCUCUAAAGGAGCAUGAUGAAUGUCUUGAACAGGAUUUAAAGGAUUUUCAAUCCCAGUAUUCGGCUACUGAUCUUCUGCAAAGUGAUAAUACGCUUCAAGAGCUGACAGUUGAUCCUUCAGUUUCACCAUUUUCCCAAGUGGAGCAUGCACCCUCGUCUCCAACUGUUGGGAUGCCAUUCAAUGGAGAAUCCUUUUGGCAAUGCAAAAGUUCAGCUCAAAGUAAUCAGUUGUGGUCUCAAAAUAUGCAAGACCUUGGAGUUUGUGAAGAUAUUUCCUGUAAUGAUGAUUUUGACAUACCUGAUGUCGAUGUGACAUUCCGAAACUUUGAAGAACUAUUUGGUGGUGAUCAAGAUGCAGUCCGAGCAAAGAUUGAUGGUAAAUAUGUAUCACGAUCCUUGGAGAAGAAUCCGUCCCUCAAUAAAUCGGAUAAAGGCAGUGCAAGAGCAAUUGAGGAUGCCUGUGAGGCGUCAUCCGUUAAUAAUUCUAGUUCAGCUCAAAUGGACAAUGCUACCAAACAAAUUGAUAACUAUCAGGGAAAUAUGGAUUCUCCUUGCCCAGUUGGACCGUGUUAUUCAACUUUGUCCUACUCUAUGUCUAGGUUCACCAUUGAAAGCAGUGGUACUGGUUGUCUCGAUAACAGACUGUCACCUAAUACUGGAGGAGAAGCUUCAUGCUAUUCACAUGACCUCGAAUGUGUCCCUUCAGAAGCCAGAGAAAAUGCCAUGAUGAGGUACAAACAGAAGAAGAAAGCAAGAUUGCAUGAGAACCAAAUUCAGUAUCCAUCCCGGAAAGCUGGAGCCGAUGUACGAAAGCGGGUAAAGGGCAGAUUUGUGAAGACAGAAGACUAUGAUUUGGAUACAGCCUGAAGCCAUUCAACUUUUUGUGCCCUGGUUAUGUACAUAUACAUCUGUAAAAAAUUGAAAUUGGCAUUUGGCACCCUGUUGCCCUCUUGUUAACAUUUCAAUUCAACCAAUUUUUUCAAGUUCCAUUGUUUAGUUUUUGGUUCUGAUCCAGCUGCAAAUCAGUAGCUUUAUAUUCGACCUAUGUCUGUAAUAUAUGACUUUCAGUUUUAUAAUCUUAGUCAACUUCACCCUGUCAGUUGUGUAACAUUUCUGAAACAUAUAUAGAUAUAUAUACACUUCUUUCA